AUGUCGGGCGAGGAUUUGGGAUAUCCGGGGUCACCUGGAAGACAAGCUCAAUCUCCAGUCGAGCUCCCUACAAGCGGCAGUCACGUAGGUGGCUAUAGGGGUCAACCCCACAGACAACGCGUCAACUCUGGUGGGAGUGAUCUUUACUACGAAGAUGUCGAUCCACGGUUCGCUUCGGACCCAGAGACGGUACCGCCACAAAACCCCCAGCCAGGAGAACGGAACCGGAGGCCUCCUCCCCUUCUCACGCCAGGACCGCCCGGCCAUUACCGACCCGACUCCUACAACGGCAUCCCUCCAACGAACUCGUACGAGGAAUUGCCCGGGGCGCGAUCUCCAGCGGAAAGUGAAACCAGCAAUUUCACCUCUGUCAGCCAGCGCGGCGUCAACCCCAAUUGGCGGCCGAACAACGGCGGAGAGUUCAGCGCCCUGGGUCCUAUGAGGAGGCGAGAACAACAGACGAGGCAAGACAUGCUUCUGGCAGGAAACCCCGACUUUGAGCUGCCCGGAGCCGUGGGGCCUCAGCGUCUCCCAACUCGAGGUGGUAACGGAGGUCCAGGGAUGAGAGGCGGAAUUAUGAGAGGACCAGCUCGUGUCCCGCCCGCUAGUGCCAUUGGUGGUGGUGGCGAUGGUCCCUAUCCCACUCCCACGGGGCCGCCCCUGCCUGGGGGGCCAAUGGGACCGCCUGGACCUGGACCGGGGACUGGAAUGGGAGGAAUGAGGGAGAUAUGA